CUUACACAUUGAACACAUCCCCAUUGGCCAGGACUCUUACAUGCCUCUUCCGCAGUCAGACGGCAUUCUCAAGAGCACGUCCAGAAGAUCGUUAAUGCAAGCGGUUAGACGGGGCCCAACUCCGCCGCUCGACUUCAGCUACACUUCAUCCUUCCGUCCUCUGCAUCCAAUCGCAGCUUCUCUCUCCGUCUUACAUUAUUACCCGUGAUACUAUCACCGUUACCCCUGUACUAUUCCAUAAGCUUCCAUCCUCUCAAUGAAAGAAGGUCGUCGACGAAACGGGCUACCAGCCUCUUGCGAACCUUGCCGCAAGUCAAAGGUGCGAUGCGACCACGGCAAACCUGUCUGCAACAAAUGCACGCGCCGGGGCUGGUCGGCACAAUGUUACUACCACCCGGCACCCAUGAGCGCAUCAACAUCCCGCGGCUCUGCGACGAACCAUGACAUCUCGCAGACCUCCGCGCGUUCCGACCUGGCGAAUACGUUGUCUUCGCCUACACCCUCUGCACACCACACCUCCAUCGAUGCCAACGCCAACCUCGUCAGCCCUCCACUCGGCACCCCUCAACCGUAUGAACUCAUUAACAUCAACAAAGACUUGAUGCGCUUCGCCGAUCCGGAAACGCUGCACUCGCCGCGGCUACACGCGUCACUAACCAGAAUGGGUGUGGUAGCGCCUGAGCCGUCAGUUCCCAGCGAGCGAAUGAUCCAUGAUGGUGUACGCUUGCUGAAUUCUGUCCUCGAUCUCGUCUCCGAGGUCGGUCUGUACACGCUUGAGCCCUCAACCGAAGACCAGGACAUCAUGAGAAGCGCUAAUUUUGGUAAAAUUGCCUGGAGAACUACGCAAAUAACUCUGCAAAAGUUGUUGAAGGAUCGCUCUCCUGCGAACCUGGAACGCGAAUGCCGUUCCAUUCUUCAACGCACUUCCCAACCGCCCGUCUUCCCUUCCACGCCUGGACAUGGAGCGCUUCAGGCGGCUUUUUCAGACCUUCGUAUCGAGCACCUCGGGAUUUUCUGUGCAGCGCUUGGUGUCUACCUCGGAGACGACAAAGAUCUAGAAGACAAUUACGCGGCUCACAAAAGCUGGAAAGUGGACCGCAAGACAUUGAUGCAAAUGGCGUAUCAAUGUUGUCGCCAGUGUGAGUCGCUUGCCCACGAGCUCGGUGCAGUGAACGACUUCAGCCUCUGGCUUUCGUUGCUGCUUGUAUUCUUCGGGACUUGGGUAUUUGGGGACGAUUCUCUGGAGGUGUUUGGGCUAAUGGGGAAUAUGACGACGGUAUUCCUCGCUUUAGGAUACCACAAGGGCGUUCCAAGAACUCCAUCCGUUCCACCAUACCUUAUCGAAAUUCGCAGGAAGGCUCUCGCCUUGGCACAUGACCACGACAAGGUCGCCGCCACAUUUACAUCCCGGCCCCCUCGACUUAGCCAUCACUUCUGCGCGAUUGAGCUGCCAUUUGAUCUGAACGAGGAUGUCAUUACCGGCCCAGUGCAAGACUUCGAGGAGGCCGUUGCUAAAUUGAACGGGGAAGGAUGGAGCAUAGAUGACGUCGUCCACCCAGCUACCCGUCAACGCUACGGAUUACUGGUGUCGGCGAUUCGUGAGGAAGCUAUCGAACUUACGAACCAACCUGCAACGCCAGACCUCGAACCCAGAGCCAGACGAGCAUUGGCCAGCCUUUCGUCGGUUUGGGAGUCCCUCCCCGCCCGUGUAAAGGACGAGAAUCAUCCCGCAACGGCCAGAACAACUGAAUCCAAAUUAAUACAGCAAUCUUGUCGACGUCUACACGUCUAUAUCGAAUUCAUGUUACGUGCAUUACUCAGAGACGCCGACGAGAGCGAUCACCGACAACUGAUACUAUGCGCGCACGAAGUCCUCAGCCUAGUCCUCUUGCCUCAGCGGACGCGACAGCUGGGCGAGAGUCGUAGAUCAGACAUGGAAUGGACGCUAGUAUUCUUCGCCAUGCCCUGCGCCAGCGUCCUCAUCCUCGAGCUCCUCCGCCAAGCCCAGAACCCGCACCAGAACCUCGUCGGCAACCGCAGCGGCAUCAUCCAAGACAUCUCCCUCCUGAUCGCGUGCUGCGACUCGCUGACCAAAACCGGGCAGAACAACUACCAGAUCUGCACGCAAGCCAAGUCCAUCUUCGCACGGAGUCUGGACUCCAUCCUGAACCAGCCCGCGGCGGCGCAGUCGAAGACGGACGAGGCGCAGACGGUGCCGCUUGACUAUGGGCAAGCUGCGCCGAUGGGUACGAAGCUGCUGGGCUGGACCCGACUCUGGAGUGGACGGCGUGGUUGGAGAGUGUCGGGUUGCAGGCUGAGCCUUGGCUGGAUUCGAUGACGCAGUGGAUGGAUUUCCCGAUGGAAGGAGCUUCGUAAAGCACGUCGCAUCAAUGGUUUCAAUGAAAGGCCUCUAGCAGUGAGAGUUUGAAGAGAUUCACAUCGACCACAGUGUCUCUUCCUUUUCAUUCACUGCACUACUCUGUGUAAACUUCACGAAGAGAGUACCGUGUCUCCUUCGCUUGAAUACUGCCGUCCUUCCUUCC